AUGCCGGAGCUCUCCGCCCCGCCUUCGUCUUCUGCGUCGGUGCCAGAGUACCCCUUGCCUGGGCUUUCGCCCCCCGAGCUUGUCGAAGCGCCGCCCAGCUACAUCUUGGACUCCUCAAGGUCUGAGGCUGACUACGUUGGCAAGACCUCUGCGAUCAACCUUUCCAACCGGUUCUACUGCGUGCUUCGGACGCGGGCCAUCGACUCUCCGGUUGUGGUGCGCUCCUUUGCUGAGUACAAGCGCCGGUCUGCCAUAUCCGGCCUGAUGGAUUUUGCAGCCUUGACUCCUGCCUCCACCGGUGUGGUUGAGCUUCUUGAGUUUUCCUGGCCUCCCUCUCCGGAAGGUGACGGCUCCCGAUCAUGUUCUUGCUAUGUGCUAAUGCUAAGGCAAGAUGGUUUUCUGCUUGCUGUGCCUUUGGACUUCUUCUCGCAGGAGGAGCUAGCUGCGGCUCCUGGGGAUGGUCUUCGCCCGGGGCCCUCUCACGUUGCUCGGGCGCCCCCUGUCGCGCUCACAGAGGAGGGGGAAUGGCAAGCGGCCGAUGGCGACCCCGUUGCCGCUCUGCUUGUGGACUUCCCGGCCGCCGCGUCGCAACUACUCAGCCCCUUGGAUUCGGACCUCUUCUUGGGCACCUCUUUUGUGGCCGCCGACCCUUCACUUUAUCCUCUGGCGUCCGAUCUGUUGCAGCAGGCCAGGGUUUGGAUUUUAAGCGACAACGCGGGGCCUUCUUCGGGGUACCGAACCGCAGCCUCAGAGGCUCCCGAUCCAAAGCGUGCGGCCCGGCCAAAGCGGCCCACCAUGACCCAACUUGUGCAGCAGCAGGCCGCCCUGGCCGAGGUGGUAGGAAGGAUGAGCGAUCAGCUCGAGAGGCUGCAGCGUGCGACACCGGUCGCACACGCGGCGCCGGCUCCUGCCGCUCAACCGGCCGAGGCAUCGCCUCCAGCGCCGUCGGGUGCAGCACUUCGUCGGGCCCCUCUGGCUUCCCUUCUGCCUGCCUUGGGGGAGACUGCCCAGCCGGCCGCCACAGCCGCGGCAGGCCCGCCCGGUCUGGAAGAGGUGAGGGUCCCUCCUUUUCAAGUGGUGCCAAAGUCUCUGACUCAGGUCUUGGGGCCGCCGCCUCCAGCCCGUCCUCUUCCGACUCAGGUUCUGGCCGAUGCGCCCCAGAUCGACUUGGAUGCUCAGCUAGCUGCUGGUAUCGCCGCCGGCGAGCUGCCCGGGCAAGGCGCCUCCUCGGAGCUGACUUUGGCCAUGAUGGCUCAGAGCCGGGCUUUGCUUACGUUAGUGAACCAGAUCUCUCAGGGGGCCGACCCGAUCCUAGAUCAAACGUCGGCGUCUUCAGCCUCAGCCCGAGGGUCGCAGACCCGCCAGCGUCUGCAAGCGGAUCUGGCCGCUCUUUCAGGAAGCUUUGCCGAGAGACUUCGAGAGCGAGGGACGGCCAGGAUGGCCCCCGCGGGGGUGGGCUCCACAGAGCCUUUCUCACUGUGCCGUUAUUUCGAGCGCUAUGGAGGGUUCGGAAGGCAGCGGGAUCAAGGCCUGGUGGCAUGGCAAGUGGCCAUAGCUUUCGACUUGUUGAUGGAGGGCCAUCACAAAGGAGCAUCCGACACGUUGGCCCUCCUCGCCCUCUUCUUGGACCAGCAGGCGUUAGACGGCUCCUCCCAGGUGGCGUGGUUGAUGACUCUUCUUCAAGAUCCGCCUCAAGCUUUGUUCCGCGACGGCCCGGUCAGCCCAGGAGUGGGGACGCAACCGUUCAGCCCACUCGCCGAUCAGAAGUGGGUGACAUCGGCGCUAGGGUUCCUGCGCGAGAUGGAUCUCAUUGCGGCAAAGCGAGCAGAGGCAAAGCCGAAAGUGAAGAAGACUGGGGCCGAUCCUCCCCCGGAGGUUCCCAAAGCCGAGUGUCCCUUGGACUUUGACGGGGAAUUCACCUUUUCUGCUUGGGCCAGCUCCUUGGUCGAGGCCGAUGCCCUGUGUUUGCCCGUCGUGCGCUCCAUGUCAUUGUCAUGCCGCCGGCCCCUCACCACAUUGAGGUUUACCGCCGGAUUUCAGGCUUUAUGCGGGCAGAAUGAGCUAGUCAAGUUCCUGGCUGAGUCCGGAGCCGGAGGUUUGGAUUAUGCUGGGUUUGAGGGCCCUCUUUCAGCUUCCGCCUUCGUUCCACAUUCGACCGAUGGCCCUGAAAUCCUCCGGCCUUUCCAGCCUUUGCGGGCCGACACUGUGGUGCUGCACGGCCGGGCUAACUGGCACAUGGAGAACCACCUGCCCACUGACAUGUUGCUUGCCGCCCGCGAGCCCGCUGUGCUUCGCACAUUUGCGGGCACACAGGGCCCUGCUCCUUCCUUUGAGCGUGAGAGCCGGGAGGAGUUACACAAGCUUAUGUUGGUGUGGGACGCGAAGUCUCUGCUGCGCCUCUGCCCGGGGCCAUUGGAGGAUAGACUUUGUUCUCGGGUCUUUGGGUCGUUUAAGAAGCCUGGCCAGUUCAGGCAAAUCGGCGACCGCCGCGGGCAAAACGCUCUUGAAGCUCGCCUCGAAGGUGUUUCGCACGAGCUCCCACAAGGGUAUCUUCUCACGAGAUUGUCGGUCCCUCGGUUCACUCACCAGCUGCUGGGGAGCAGCACUGACAGGAGAGAUUUCUAUUCUCAGUGCAGGGUCAGCCGGGCCCGCUCCUUCACCAAUGCGGUAAAGCCGGGGUUUAGGCUACGGGACUUCUUAGGAACCAAGGCCUGCGCCGAAUACUCUGAUUGGGUCGCCUCGCUAGGCUGUGGGCCUUGGGCGCGGCCGUCCACCGGCCCUGCCACUUCCUUUGUGCCGCGUGCCGCCCUCCUUGAUUUGGACAUGCCGGUCCAUGGGUGCUUUGCGGCCUUGUUCCAGGGUGACGCGUCGGGCGUUGAGCUAGCGACGGCAGCUCACGCCUCGUUCUUGUCUGCAGCGGGGGUGCUUCCUUCCGCCGAGGACGGCCGACUCCUUGCAAAGCACCAGGUCAGCUUAGAGGGUCCCUGGGCGGGCUUAGUGAUAGAUGACUUCUUCAGUGUGUCAGCCGAACCCAUCUCUCGGGACCGGAGCUCGCAGAGUCAGGCUGAGGUUCUUGUGAGGCGGGCAAAGCAGAGCUACGCGAGCGAGGGAGUGCUAGGCUCCGACGACAAAGACAUUUUCUCUUCGGAGGUCUUCACUUGUGCCGGCGCGGAGUGCGACUCUUCCGCCGCAGCCGUCCGUGAUGGCAUCGUCAGUGUAGCCGCGCCUGCUGCAAAGAGGCUUGCUCUCUCCUUCUGCUCGCUCCGGGCCGCGACCUUCAGGUGCAUUUCUCAAGAACUGGCCUCCAUGCUCACUGGGAGCUGGGUUGCUGCUCUUAUGUACCGUCGGUGCGCCAUGGCCGUAGCCGAUAAGGUGUUCACCUUAGGUUUGGGUUUCGCUGGGGGUGAUUCCGGUUCUCACCUAGUUUUCGCCUCGGAUGCAUCACUGGCAAAGGGGGCUUACACUUCUGUAAGGGUGCCAAGGGAGGUCUCUGCCAACCUGUGGCUCUCGGGUGACGAGAAGGGCUUCUAUACCAGGCUUGAAAAUCCAGUGCGAGCCUCGCUCUCGGCGCGAGGCCUUGAGCCGAUCAGCGCCCCCCAGCGUGAGGAGGAGGAUCCCUGGCCUCCUGAGCCUACUCUCUCUAAGCCGCCGGCUCAGCAUUACGAUGUGCUUUCUGUCGGGCCCGGGCCGGAGGAGCUGCUUCCCUCCCUCAGGUCCCUGGGGCUCGUUUGCGGCCCGUUCGUUGACGCCUCGGCUUCGGAGCAUUUCGAUCUUCGGGACUCUGAAGUCAUUGAAUGGGCCGGUUUCAAGGUGCUUUCCUCUCUGCUCGUCCUCUUCCAGACGGCUUGGCGGUGCCGCCUCCCUGCCCUUUUCGUCGUACCGGGCUGCUCUGUGGUCCAGGCUUGGCCUUCUUUCCUGCAGCUCCUGAACAAGCCGGGUGUGAACCAACGCAACUUGAGCGCCUGUGCCUGCCGCUUCUGCUCCCAAGGUUUCUUCAAAGUACUGGGUUCCGGCUUUGCAGCUUCUGACUUCCCGUGCGGGGGAGACCUCCGGUGUCGGCCUUCAGGCCAUCUUGGCGUGCAGCUGGGCCGCUGGUGCCCUUCUUUGGUCCGCGCCCUUGCCGGUUGCCUUCAGAACAUCAUUGCGGCCCAGCCUAGUGAGCCACAUCGGGCCCCGGGCUUCGAAAGUCUCGUUGCCAAUGACCUUUUAGCCACGGGGUUCUGGGGUGUUGUUGCCAGUUGGGCCUGGAGAGAAGCUGAGCACAUCAACGCCCUCGAAGUCAGGGCACUCCUGAAGGUCCUCCCAGACCGGGCACUUGCAGGAGGCGAUGAGCGGCUGGUUGCGAUAGUGGACUCCUCGGUCACACUCGGCGCCUUCACCAAAGGCCGGAGCGCCACGAGGUUGAAUACGGCCGACGAUCCCACGAGAGACACGCCCUUCAGUGACUUCGAUGCCACCCUUGGGUUUCCGGGAGAGGGGCCGGUGCAGCACCGGCCGGGACAGGAUGCGGAUAGACGGCAGCGCAGGGCAGAGUCCGAACUGUCGACAGGUCGCCCGGUCUUACCCCGCACCAAGGACAAUAGGGCCAGGCUUCUGCAUGAGUAUGAUGUAUGGCUGAGAGAACGCGGCAGCUCCCUCCACGCUUUGGGGCAGCCUCCGCUUGACGCGGCGAAGAUCAGCAGCCUGCUGGUCGACUUCGGCAGAGAGCUUUUUGAUGCUGGACGCCCUUACUGGCAUUACUCCGAGAGUGUCAAUGCAGUUGCGGCUGCUUUUCCUUCGGUGCGCCGCCAGUUGCAGGGAGCCUGGGAUCUAGCUUUCACUUGGCUUGCGCUGGAGCCUCACUCGCAUCAUGUACCGAUGCCAUUGGUUCUUUUGCUGGCUUCUUUGAGCUGCUGCCUACUUUGGGGAUGGCUACGAGAAGCUGGCAUCUUCGCUCUGGCCUGGGGCGGGAUACUUCGUAUUGGUGAAGCCACCUCGGCCUCCAGGUCCGAUCUGAUUUUGCCAAAGGACGUGUUGUACCUGCAAAGGCAUAUAUUGCUGAAGAUACAAGAACCAAAGACACGGCUGCGAGUAGCGAGGCAUCAGGUUGCUAAGGUCGAGCCCGAGGACCUCGUCGCACUGAUUGGCUAUGCUUUUGAGGAUUUGCAGCCAGGAGAAAAACUGUGGCCACGCACACCGCAGACCUUGAGACGCAGACUGGAUCAAAUUCUUGAACGGCUCGGGGUCCGCGCCAAAAGUGGCGAGCGAGCUCUGGACCUCGGCUCUUUCCGACCGGGUGGGGCGACUCACCUGCUCACUCUCUGCGAAGACAGUGAGCUGGUGAGGCGUCGUGGCAGAUGGAUCUCCCACAAGGUUAUGGAAGUGUACCUGCAGGAGGUUUCUUCAAUCACAUUCUUCCCCAACCAGCCCCUGGAAACGAGACAGAGGAUCCUGAAGUUCGCACAGGCUUUUCCUUUUCUGCUAGACAAAGCUGGCCAAUACAUCAAGCAACGGGACGACCUACCAGAGGCUGGAAUGAUGAAGAGUGGACGCGGUACCCUUGGCUUCGCAGGCUUCGCAGGCAUGCCAUCAGGAAGUCUCAUGUGGAUCAUGACGUUCAACGUCUGCUAUUGCGCUGCUCCCUUCAUUGCGGCUGCCACGAUGGCGACCUAUGGGGAGAGCUUCGCAACGCUUGCCACCCUAGUACCGGACCGAGCCAGCUUCCGGACCCUGGUCCCGGAUCGUGGGAGCUUCAGCACCCUGAUCCCGGACAGGAAGAGCUUCGAGACUCUACAGCCAAGCCGGCUCAGCUUUGGCACUUUGCUACCUGACAGGCUAAGCUUUCAGGCACCCCUUGCCGAGGAGCCGGAACACGGUUCCGAGAAGAGCUCAGAGAAGGGGGAGGAGGCUCGGGCGAAUCUUUACGCGGAGUCUCUGGAGGCCCAAGCUGUUCAAGCUUCAAAGGUGAUGCCUCCAGCUCGCGGCUUUCUAGGUCGCUUUGCUUCGAUUCGAAAGUCCUCGGCACCAUACCGAGGAAGUUGA